AUUACAUCAGCGCUGUCCACAACAGGUUUUUGGGAAGCGCUUUCAUCCAUCCAUUUCAUUCAUUCUGUAAACUGGUUAGCAGAGUUUAUUUAGACCAGCCUGAUAAAGCCAAGCCUUACUAAACCCACCACUUCAGGGCACGCUCGUAACAACCUCGAGAUUGUUUUACUUUUUAUCCCGUAUUUUUAAUAAAAGGGAUGGGGAGCUGCUCAGGGUGAUGAUUCACAUGGCGUGAUCGGACGAUAUUGCGUCAUGGUUUUUUGAGGCCGCGGGUUUUUGAGGAUGAAUGCCCUGGAUCUCCAGCUUUGCUGGAGAUCAAAUUCCACGUGCGGGAAUUCCGGGGGAAAAUCCCCACCUGAAUCAGCUCAGUGUCCUUGGAGCGGAUGACAUCAAAUUUCUGCCCAGCAUCUCUUUUAGCCAGUUCUCCCGCUGUCAGGGGCUGUGGGAUGUUUCUUCCUCUUUCAGGUCAGGAGUUCAGCGAGGGAUCUCUCCUUGACUGCAGGGUCCAGCUCCUUUUGGGAUCACCUCAGGAGAAAAACGAACUGGGGAUGUUUCAAAGUUCAAAGCUUUUUACCUUCCCGAGCUUUUUCUCCAGGCUCGAUCCUCCAGGAAGGAAAAGCUGAUGAGGGAUCCCUGUGCCUCUAAUUCCUCUUUCUGCAGACUUUCUGGGGUUGUUUACCGUGGGUGAAAACUCCUGAAUUUCACCAGUGCUGGAUUGUCCAACUGACGGUUUUGUCAGUGGGUGCUGUGGGCUGAUAACCUUAUCGUGCAUUGGUUGCUGCUCCCUGUAGAGCAAUGAAAUCCCGUGGCUGAGGGGCCUUCCCAAACUGCAGAAAACGCUGUGGUGUCGCUGUGAUCACCCUCACAGCAUGGCAGAGUUCAGGUUGGGGAAGAAACAUGGAUUUUUUUUUUUUUCUUUUCCCCCGUGGAAAUGGGAUCAUUUUGUCCCUUCACUCCCAGCACUCCCAAGAGCAGAGUGGGUGAAGCUGUUGUGGCUGGAGCUCCACAAGUGGAUUAAAAAAAAAAAAAACAAAAACCACACUUUACAAACUUACAAAAGUUCCUAGCUGGAGAAAAGAGGAGCAGAGCCAGACCCUGGGAGAUGUAGAACCAGAAGACAUUGGAGGGACAUGGAUUUGAUCCCUCCAAGCCAGGGUCUGGAUCUGGCCCCGUUCCCUGCCUGGCCAGGGCUCGGGGCUCUGUGGCGUGGUCAUGGUGGCUGUUUGUCCUUGCCAUGGCAUGGCCGGUGUCAGAGGUGGCUUUGUGGUUCUGUCACCCUCUGCAGCCCUGUGACAAUUCCUCCCCAGCCCUUCCCCUGACCUGCUGCAGUCAGUUUUGCCUUUUCCUGGCGCUGGAAGCCUCCAGGGAUUGGUGGACCCGGUGGACCAGGCGGUGUCUCUAUUGUUUCAGCCAUUACAGACAACUUCUGACUCACGGCAGAAAUAUUUGCUUUAAAAGGAAGAUUUUUUUUUUUGUUUGGGGAGGGACGGGGAGAAGUGACUCCGGGAGCCCUGAGACACUCCACUCCCUGCCACCCCGGUGCAGGGUGCAGCAGACAGCCACUUUGGGAGCCAAUGCUGUGACCCUGAAGAGGGACAGUGUGGAUCCCUUGAAUCCAGGCUGGGGAGGGAGAGAUGAUUGCUACAGGAAUGGUGAUGGGCUCUAUUGCCAGAAGUGCCCUGCAGGCACCUACCUUGCAGAAGAGUGUAAAGAGCAGAACAGCUUUGGCAGGUGUGAGCCCUGCGGAGAUGGGGAAUUCAUGGAAUAUCCCAACGCCUUCCAGUCCUGCCAGGAGUGCUCCAAGUGCAGGGAAGAUCAGGUGCAGCAGAGUCCCUGCCAGCCCACCAGGAACACGGUGUGUGUCUGCAAGGAUGGCACCUUCUGCCCCCCGGAGCACCCCUGCGAGAUGUGCCAGAAGUGCCAGCCCAGGUGUCCCGAGGGUCAAAUAGUGCUGAAACCCUGCACACCUGACAGUGACCUCCAGUGUGGUCCUGCCACGGACACGGGCACCUUCAGUGUCGGGGCCACCAUCGGGGUGAUCAUAGGGAUAUCAGUGUUCUUGUUAGUGACUGGGUUCUGCAUCUGGAAACGCCACUGCAGAUCCUCAGGGGAUGGGAGACCCUCGAGAAAGAGCCCCUAUGAAAUGGUGAGCUCCAUGUUUCAAAAGCUGAAGUACAAGAACGUCAACGUGGGGGCAAGGGACAACGCUGCCAACGAGCCACGUGACAUAGAGACAGAGCCACCAGUGACGCUGCCAAGUGUGAGUGCAAGACCCAGGAGGAAUCUGGUUCCAGCACCAGGGAAGGACCCCACUCAAGUGCUGCGGGGCUCCUUUUACACCUUCGCUGGAAACGUCCCCAGGGAGAACUGGAAGAAAUUUGGCCGCUACCUGAACCUGGAGGAGAACGUCGUGGUCACGGCCACGUCGGAGGAUGGAGUCUACGACAUGCUCCUCAAGUGGCAGAGCAGGGAGGGGACCAAAGCCUCUGUGAACACGCUGCUGGAGAUCCUGGAUGAGCUCCACCUCGGCGGGGUGGCAGAGCACAUCUCCUCCACUCUGAUCCAGAAGGAACUUUUUCAGGAUGGAGCUGCAGGGAGCGGUGAACACCUCCCUCCUUCAAGCUGCAGCCAUUAAAUACCUCCCAGAACACUUGAAGUUUAGGUGUUUAUAGUUCUCAUUUGGCUCCUCUCCUUUUGAAGCCAUCACAGAACUGGGCAGAGCCAGGAGAGCUGAUCCUCAUGAGAGUAUGAACCUCAGGCUGCUCUCUGCUGGAGUUCCAGGCUCAGUGCUGGUGCUUCCUCCUGAAACCCAAACUGGUUUAUUGAUCUCACUGGAUUGAUGCACAGAGCUUCAAAUCAUCAUUUCUAGAUGCCAACGGUACUACCUGAAUCUUCAGGAUCAGCACACACAGAAGGGCUUUUCCAGGGUUUUUGGCAUCUCUGUGCUUUUUAAACUGGAUCAUUCAUGUUUACUCAAAGGAUUCCUGGCAUCGUGAAAUGGCUUCUGCUUCUAGAACAUCUCUGAGAAGGCUUCACUCUGCAUGCUUGGUGGUUCUGCAAGAAGUCUGAUGAGGGCCUGCCCAGAGUCUCAAUGGACACCAGUUGCUCCAGGACUCCAGAAUUAAUUCUCAGCCACCCCAGCAAUUAUUUAUUCCCACCAGGAAUUAUUUGUAUCCCACCAGGAAUGGCCCCCAGGGAUCCUUUCUGCCAGGGGAAGCCCUCAGCACUCACCCUGGCCUUUAUUUACCCUACACCAGAGUCCUGUGCUUUGUCCCCUGCCGUAACAGGGGGGUGAUGUCUGUCCCUCUGUCCCUCUGUCCCUCCGGGGGUGGCACCAGCAGCGCUGACCCAGAGUGUCUCCAGCUCCACCCAGCCAGGGCUCUGUGUGUUGCAGUAGCUGUGUUGCAAAUCCAUGCAGUGCUUAGUGAGAAAAGGGCUCUGCUGGACCCCCCAAAAACACCCCUGGAGCUGCUCUCCAGCCCCUGCACUGCGGAGGGGAUUUUUUUUUUUAUUUUAUCUUUUUUAAAGAUUGCGGGGCUGGGGUGAAUAGCAGGAGUUGUCACUGACCUGCCCGGAGGGUUUGUGCUCGGGGGUCUCUCCUGGGCAUUGCCCUGUGCCCCCUGAGCAGGCAAAGCUGGGCAGGAGCUCCUGCAGAGCCAGGCACAUGCAGGGGUCAGUGCCAGGGCUCGGGUCCUGGCCAGGGGAAAAGUGAACAGGACUUGGGAAGCAGCGGUGAGUGCCCAGAUUGUGUGAAAAGGAGAGAAAGCCGUGGUCCUACCUGCUCCAAGGGGCUCCUGACCGAGGCUGAGGGUGGGACAUGCGGAAUGAGAGGCUCCAAGGUGCUCCAGCUGGGAAGAGGAGCAGUGUGGAAAGGGAGGGGACACCACUGGGAGCAUCCCCAGGUGCUCCUCCAGCAGCAGCCUCGGCAGGGGUGGGCUCCAAGGAGCUUUCCCCAUCCCUGCUGGGGAGGGUGAGGAGGUUUGGGUGCUUCCUGCACUGCCUGGCAGCCCUGGGGCUGCGCACCUGCGGGGACACAGGUGGGACAGGCAGGGUCAGUCCCGUGGAAAAGCCACCUGGAUGGAAAAGCCACCUCGUGUCACACCAGGGGUUUGGGUCCUGCAAGGUCUCGCUGUCCUUGCCUGUCCCAGGAGCUCUGGAAGGGCUCUGGAAGGGGGUGAUGGCAUCACCCCAAAGCUGGCACAAGGAUGUGCCUGUCCAGCAGCUCCUCCCACACACACAGGGACCACGCCGGGCUUUUAAAAUACCAUUUAUUACAAUGGAGCCUUCCAGGCUAAAAUCCCAAGCCGAGGGCUCGGGGUUGGUUUCUGGCGUGUCAGGUUGAGGGAUUUGGUUUGGGUUUUUUUUGCUUUGAGUUCUCUAUCUAAACAAAACCGAGGAGUUAAGAACAGGGAGGAGAGGACUGCGAUCCCCUCCGUGCCCUGAAUUAGGACAGACCCCACUUGUAGGGGAAAUUCUGCAGUGCCUGGAGGCAUUUGGGGACCAGGGUCCCCUGCCCUGUGCCUGACCCUGCUGUGAGUCGAAGGGGGCUGCAGGACCCCCAAGGUGGCUCCAGGUGGUGAGAUGCCAUCAGACACCCAAACCACAUCCCAGAGCUUCUGGUUCCAAAUCAAAAUGGAAGCAGGAUGUGUUUCUUCUU